ACACCAAGCUGAAUGCAGAGAGAGACCAGUUACAGAGCAGUUACACCAAACUGAGUACAGAGAGAGACCAGUUACAGAACAUUAACACCCAACUGAGUGCAAAGAGAGACCAGUUACAGACCAGUUACGACUCUGUGGUUCGUCAGCUUCAGAAUCAGAGAGACUGUCUUCAGAAGUUCUCUAAGCUGGAGGCGGCAACACAGCAGGGCUGGACAUUUUUCAAGACCAUUAUGUACUUCAUCUCUACUGGAGGGAAGAGCUGGAGUGAGAGCAGACAGGACUGCAGAGGGAGAGGAGCAGACCUGGUGACCAUAAACAGCAGAGAAGAACAGAACUUUAUUGAAAUACUGAGACGAGGACAGAGAGCUUGGAUUGGUCUGACUGACCGAGACACAGAGAGGGUCUGGAAAUGGGUGGACGGCUCAGCACUGACCACUAGGUUCUGGAGAAGUGGGGAACCCAAUGGUGCAGCAUAUGAGGACUGUGUCGUAACUGGCGACAAGUCUGAUCCUGUAAAUAACUGGGCUGAUUAUCCCUGUAAGCAGCGGUUUGUUUGGAUUUGUGAGAAAAGUAUUUUUAACUGAGAGUGUUUUAGAAUAAAUGGCAGCAAAAGCCAGGAAUAUGAGCAGUUUGUUUGGACCUGUAAAGGAAUAUUUUGCUGAACUCAGCAUGUUUGUA